AUGGAGAAGAUCCUUGAGCUUUUCUGUGCCAAAACGCCUGAAAAGUUCCAAGAAGCAGUUUCUAUAUUACGAGGAUUACCUCCAAAUGAAGAUACAAAGUUUCUUCUUCACAAUACACUAAUUUCUCCUCCCCCUUCUAAUUUCAAUCAAGAAGAAUGGGAUCUUGUUCGAUACAUCGUCGGUUUGCAGUACUUAAUGUCCAAGAACGGAUCUGUUUCUCUAUUAAAAAAAUUUCCAAAUUUACCUCCUCCGCAAUAUGGUCCAUUAUUUUGCUUACUUAACAGGAUUCCGUUAAAGAAUGAUAACUCUGAUCCACUUGCUUAUGAAGAAGCGAUGAGAAAUGUUAAAAAUGCAUUUAGUGAGUGUAUUAAACGAGAUACUCCUUCUCAAUACUUCUCAGUAACUCUAGAAAAUUAUCUACAUCGUCUUCCUGAAUGUCUUUAUAAAAACGCAACUGAAGCUCUUACAAUAAUUGAUUCCAUUUCCCAAAUGAAGUUUGAUAAUUUAUCAAUCAAAGGAUAUCAAUUAAUUAUCGAUUCUAUACAAAAUCCCUCUACUAAUCCCAAGAAAAUACAAAUAAUUGAAGCAAUAUUAAGAUCAAAUCCGAAUUUACCAUCAGCAAUCUACCAAAAACUCUACAUUUGUGCCUGUGUGCAACAAGGUAGACCACAAAAUGACCAGAUAAUUCAAGAAAAAAUCAUUCUUGAGAUGUAUAAUCACAGAUUUCGCUACGACCUCUCAAAAGCCGAAAUUUUCUCCCUGAAAAACAUAAACUACACAAUGCAAUUUGAUAAACUCAUCCUUUCCGGUUCAAAUAAAAUAAAAAAUGGAAUUCCACCUCAAAUGGAGAAACAACCUUUCAUGGAUGAAAUAUCCAAGAACGCUAACACUGCUUUUAUAUUUUACAGCGCUUGUCUUUUACAAGAAACACAUUCAAUUUCAGAUUUACUCAAACAACGCGGUCUUUGCUUAUAUUUCAACGAAAUUGGUGCUUCUUACAAAGACUAUGUACCUUUCCAAGAGCAACCACAUAGUUUGAACAAGACAUCUGACUUAGAUUAUUUAUUAGUCACAAAUUACAAUCCGAUCAUUGUUUACAGCAAAGAAGAAUCGAAAGCAAUGUUCAAGAAGUUCUCAUCUCAAGUCAAUGCUGACAUAGAGAAGUUUUUCCAAGUAAUGAGAUUUUUCAACAACUGGAUUACGAAGAAUUACGAUUCCUACAGCAUAAUUAGCAAUGGAUUGUUCAACUUCAUCAUCCAAUUGAUAGUUAAGAUGAUGAUUGUUUCCGGAAAAUGUUCAUUUUUAAUUUUGAAUACAAAUUUGAAAGAAAACCGUAAAAACCAGAACCAAAUUCUCACAAAAGAGAGCCAGUAUAACAGGUACAUUGCAGAUCUCCUUAAAAACCUGUUCAACUCGAGUAAAACUCUUGUUGAUUUAUCAAUUUCCGAAGAUAUCUCCAAUUUGUUAAUAGAAGCCGUCAUGGAAGGCAACCAUACCUUUAGACUUGUUCAAAGCUUCAUCACUGUGUUUUGCAAUGAUGGUUUACCAACAUUACACGAUUUAUAUAAUUCAAUUGUUGAAAAAAUGUUCAUGAAUUUAUAUUUGAAGCUUCAAAAUGCAUCUAAUUGUAACAAUGAAGAUUGUAUGAGACAAUUAGAACAAGUUUUCUUGUUUAUUUUGAGAAUUGCCGAAAAAUUAAAAAUAGAAAAAAACGAAUCUUUCGGAAGAAUGCUAGAAUCAAUUGAAACUAAGUUCCUUAUGGCAUUAAUCAAGUUAUCCAAGUUCACUGUUUGUCUUGACAUCAUUUACAGGUUCAUCAUACAAUACUACAACGCGUUGGAGUUCCAUUGUCCAUCGAAAAACGAAAAAAAUGGUGAUGAAAAACAAAUGAAAGCAAAAGAAUGUGAAAAGUUUGAAAGAGUAACAACGAAUUCACAAAACUCUGCUGCUUUGGCUUAUUUAAUGAGAGCAAGUCAUGAUAAACAAAAUUCUAAUUUUAAUGAAUCCGAAAUUUCCCAAAUUUUGGAAAACUUAAAAAUCGGAUUAAAUUCGGAACAACCUGAGCGUGUUUCCAUCACUGCAAAGAUCUUUACGAAGGUUUUUCCACGUCUUAAACUCACAAAGAUAGAUAAUGACUUAUUCAUGUCUUUGUUGGAUGCUUUGCCGAACGUGAAAGAGAGAAAUGAUCAACAAGAAAUUGCGGAUUUCAUUUGUAAAAUUGGGUUUAAUUCGACACACGAAAAACCAUAUAAAGAAAAGCCAUUUACUUUCUGUUUGGAAGGUUCUGAUAUAGAUAUCAAUGCAAUCUUGACGUCGUUAAGUACUACAUCUACUGAGAAAUCUCAAACACCGUUCGUUUUCUCAUUUUUAAACCAAGCAAUUGAAGAAAUUAAAAAGAAAUAUGAAAACGAUAACGAUCAAAAUGCUCUCAAAGAUGUUUUAACGAAAUUCCAUUACAUUGCCACUGAUUUAAGCAAGUUUAAAGCAAUGCAUAAUCAUAUCAUGGACAUGUACAAGAACUUGAAUGAUUAUUUUGCUGAUAUUAUUUGCAAAGGUGGCAAUGACAUCUACUUUUUAUCUUUGAUUUCUGUUUCUAUGCAUUUGGAAAGUUAUACUGAGCAUUUCACACUAUACCAAGUAUUUAACUUCCUUAAAGACAUGAAAUCAAAAGGAGUACAAGAUGAAAUUGUCAAGAAAAUCAUUGAUCACAUGAAUUAUUAUUAUAAUACUUAUGAAUUCUUUUGUUUCAUGAAUGCUUGCACAGCAAUAAAGAAAGUUUUUCCCCAUUUGAUAGGUGCAAAAGAACUUAUCAAUAUAACAGCAGCUAUCGUUAAUCCUUCCAUUAAAAUUGUAAAACAAGGUGCAAAAACUUUUGGAAAAAUUGUGAGGUCGACGAUAGAAUCUUCUGAUCCAAGUGAAGUGAAGAAAUACAUUGAUUAUCUUUAUUACACAUGCAAAUAUGAUAGGCAUUACAUGAUGUUCCAACAAGAGAUUUUCAAGGCUCUUAAAGGUGUCAACUGCAGAAUCGAUAUCGAUGGAUUAGCCGAUGGUUUAAAGAACGAAUCAUUAAUUAUCAAAUCAUUUAAGAUUUGUCUUUGUUUGGUUUGUGGAUUUAACAGUCCGUUUUUGCAGGUAAACGAUGAAAGAAUCAUUGAUAACUUGAUCAUGGAAUUAUCUAAGAAUCAAAAGGAUUAUAGGAACAUGUAUUUGUUCUAUUUGUUGUUCUUGUGUUUCGUUAUUGGUCCUUAUAAAGACAACCAAAACAUCAAACCAAAAUUCAUGAAUAAUAUUUUGGCAAGACAAAUUCCACAAAUUUUGCAAAUACCUGAAGUCAUCAAAUUAAGAGACUUUUUGGUGCCACAAGAUCCUCCAAUGAUUGAUACUACAAACAAUGUUUUCGCUUUCGUCAGGAAACUCGCAAAUAAUCCUAUGGAUCCUGAGCCUGUAAAAGAAAUCUUGAAAUCAAAUAAUUUCAAACCAAGAGAUUUCGAAAAUCCUGAUUUCAGAAGAAAUUUCGGACCUCAAUUUAGGAGUUUUAUUGAGGAUCUCGCGAAAAUCAAUGAAUACCCUUAUAUCCAGUAUUCAUCCAUCAAACAGUUGAUGUCUGAAAUGAUUGUUUAUUAUCCAAACGAAGUUUGCGAAACUCUCAGAUUUACAAAUAACAAUUCUCCAAAAAUUUGUCACAUUUUUGAGUACGUUAUUUUGACAACAUGUAAUGAGAACUUUAUAAAUAAGUUCUUGGAGAAACUUGAAGAAUGCUCGAAAGAAUAUGUUGAGAAUCCUGUUUAUUUAGGCAUUCUAAAGACUGUUUCUGAAGACAAGAAAAUUGCAAAAAUUCCGAAAUUGAAGAGUACUUCGAAACAACUGUUUUCCUUCUAUUUCAAUAUCUUUAAGGAAAAAACUCCUAAAGAAAUUGGAUUAUCUCCAAUGGCUUGCUAUUACACAGGAUGUGCUUUGAUUAAUUCUUUCAUAGAAAAUCCAGAAUUUUCUGACAUUUCUGUCAUUUCACAACUUUACGAAAUUCCAAUGUUGUCAAAUUCCGAAUUAUCCGUUUUAUACGAGAACGGAUACAACGAAAUCCCUAAUUCCAAGAGGAUUGAAUUCAUCGACGACAUAGCUAAAGAUUGGGACAAAUUAAGCUGGAGAUCAUUAGUUGUUCCCUUCCAAAAAAUCAAUGAUAUCCAAGAUUUGCCACCAGAUUUAAUUGAAAAUAUUUGUGAUGUCAGUUCACAUCACUUGUCAUUAACUGACAAGUAUUUGAUUCCCAGCACAUUAUUGAUUACCAAAUUAAUUAUCCAUCCUUAUACAAUUCAUUCCGAAAUCUACACGAAACUGAUGGUUUUAUUGCCACAAAUUUUCGGAUCAAUUGAUUCAGAAACUGUUGUCCACGCAUUCGAAAUUUCCAUCAGUUUAUGCGAGAAGAGAUUCAUGCCAGAUGAAGUCUAUAUCGAGAUCAGUUCUUUGUUGAUCGCUUGCCAUUAUGGAUCUGAAUUUGCAUUCAUGGGAAAAAUCAGAGAAUUCCUAAAUUUGAGACCGGAUUUAUUCGAACCUGUUCCCUUUGUAAUUCAUCAGGUUGUUCACACGUGUGUCUUAGAUAAAUUGAUACAGAAUUCCUGUGAAAGCACAGAAGUUGACCGCAUCAAUGAUUUGUUCAAAGAAGUUCCAAGUCUUCAAAAAUGUUUGCCUUUCUCUAUAUUUAGAAAUCUCUUCAAAGAUGAAGGAAGAACAAGAAACAUCGAUAUUUUCUUGAGAGAUAUCAAACUAGGAAUACAUAUUUCUCAAAAUGAAUACGAUGAAAUACUUAGAAGCCAUUUAAUCUUUAGUCAUGUCAAUAAAAUGUUGACAUCUGCACAAGACAAUCCUCCACAAGCUCGUGAGAAGAUGUUCAUUAAGUUCAUUCCUUACCUGGCAUUGAAAACUGAUCCAAUUAAUUAUAAACCAUUGAUAGAAUCUGUCAUCAUGAAAUCUCCAAAAGAUCAAAUCUUCUUCGCUUUCUUGAUCUUUUUCAUUGCAAAUGGUUAUGAUUUCGAUAAACAGUAUGUCCAACAAGCACUUUACAAUUUCAAAGCAAGCGCAAAUUUGUUGCAAGCUUUAAACGAUAUUCCUCAAAAAUUUGUUAAACAAUGUCUCGCGAAAUAUGGUUUAGUUGAUGAUUGUUUCAAAGUUUUCGAGAAUUGGAUGAAGUCUUUAGAUGUUGAAAAUCCAAAACUCGAUCUUCCAAUGUUAUUUUUAGCUCUGGAACUCAUCGAAUUUGGAAAAAUAGAUUUGUCAUGGAUACCUUUGAUUUGGGAGAAAUGUAAAAAUGGCGAGCAAUCUCCAGGAAAUUAUUACACGUUGACAACAAAAAUUAACUAUUUGGGAGAAGACCAAACAGCAUAUGCCCAAAUCAUUGCGGAUAUUGCAAAAGAAAGUCUCAAGAAUGCAGAGUUAUUUGUGAAUUCUUCCGUAAUGAAUUUGCAACAACAAAUCUGCACAAAAGCAAAGAUUUUAAUUCUCCAAGAAAUCAUUGAAUUAGUCAUGAUUUAUAAUGUGACAAUUCCUCAUAUUUCUGUUCAUUUCUCAAUGAAUUUGAACUCGACACCUGAAAUGUCGGAUAUAUUAGCACCUUAUAGCCUCCAAAUGCUCAUUGCUUAUUCGAUGCAAGCAACACCAAGUUCGAGAAUCAAAUGUUUGAAGAAAUGUCAGGAAAUUACAGGAAAAACUCCUUAUGAAAGAAUGAUGAAUUUAGUUUCAUUUUUGCCGCCUUUCUUUUGGUGCGACAAAUACUUGACUGUGCUCUGUUUAAUAGUAAUACCACAGGAUUUCGAGUUCUGGACACAGUUGGCUGCUUUGGCAACGUGUAUUGGCCAUAGAGCAUCAAUUUCAAUUGGUGUUUACACUUUUAAGAAAAUAAUUGAAAUUGACUCGGAAAUAAUCGUCGCUUUAUUGAAAAAUGUCUUGUUAAGUAUACAAAGGCAUAUCAUACAUACUGGUGUGUUAGAAGCAUUAACAAUAAGCAUUGUACAAAGUGAUUUGAUUAUUAAUACAAAACUUGCUUUCAAAGCUACAAAGAAAACAGGAGAUUUAUCAAUUUCUUUGAACAAUCUCUAUAAAUUCGAUGAAGAAUUACCAACAGCAAGUAUGGUCAUGCCACAUGAAAUAAAUGAUUUCGUAUUCGCGAAAUACAUAAACGAAUUCGCAAAAUGUGGAAAGAACUUUGUUGCAGGCGCAAUUCAUUAUUUAUUAGGAAAUUUCGAAGAAAGUUACAGAUUAUUACAUGUUGAUGAUCCAAAGAUAGAAACUACAGAUGUCGUUAACUUGUUCAUGAGUUGUUCGGAGAGAUUGACAAUGAGAGAAAACGAAAACAUUUCGGAUUUCUUACAAAGAAUUUUAGGAAGUGUCAAUUUUUCUGUUGAUGCAAUUGCGAAACUUCUAAAUGAAGGAGAGAACAAAGAUGCACAAGUAGAUGUUGACAAGAUCAAAGACAUGAACAUUUACUAUUUGUUAUUGAGAAAAGCAGCUCCUUCUAUUAUGAAUUCCGAAAGAUUUGUUUUGUUACAAAAUAUUUUGUCAUUUUACCAACAUCAAAACGAUUCCCAGAUUGAUAGAAUGAGACAACCUUUCUCUCCUUUCAACUCAGCUUUCUUUAAGAUCUACACAGAAGCGAAAAGGAAAAUUAAGAAAGAUUCAAUACUUGACAUCACUUCACAAGAAGAAGAAGGAAAUUAUAUUGUUUUGUCACAGGAAUUUGCACCUUUAGUUAAAGUAAUUGUUGGCGAAACAAAGAAUGGACAAAUCGUUGUUACUUCCCAAAGAAUUUCCAAUGCUUUGAGGGUUGGUUUAGAAGACACAUCGAAUCCAGAAAAUUUCAGAUUGUGGGGUGGAUUUUUGGCGACAAUUUUCGAAUUAUCUUCGGAAAGAAGGUCCCAAGACAAAUCCAUUGUAUCUCAAUGCAUUAAUAUAUACAUACAUUAUCUGAAAUAUGGAAAUUACACUUUGGCGAAGAAAUACGAAAGUGCAUCACGAAUUGUAUUUUUAAUUACAAUUGUUGUUUGUGGAAAAUCUCUUGAAGACUUAUAUGACAUUGCUUCUGAGAUAAAACUAGAUGAUGUUUACCGUCAUUUGUUCAUGUGGAUUGAACAAUUGCUGAUAACAGGAGAAAACAAUAUAAUUAUUCGUUCGAAUAUUGAUAAUUUCUGCAAUCAUCAGAUGAUGGAAACAAAAGGUCGUGAUCCUUUGCUUCAAAUUGCUGAAUUCGCAAGAAAAGAUUUUAAUGUUGAGAACAGAAUAUUAAAACCAUUACCGAUGAUGUCUCGUUUUGCUAGUUUCAUUUACAAUGAAUUUGGAGAAUACAUUGAUUUGAUAAAUGAAUCCAAAUUUAUUUGUAGAAUUAAUGAACAAGGAAUGAUUAAUUUGUACCUGGCAAAUCCUGGAAUUAUCAAUGAUGAUUCCAAGAAAUUGAAGGAAAUUAGAGAAAUAAUUUCACAAAGGAAUUUGUCAUUUGAAAAGUUUAUUGACAUUUCCACACGUUUCAAUGCACAUUUGGAACUAUGUAAUAGAGAAUUCCCGCUUUCUCUUCCGUCCAGAAUGCCGAGUACUUUGGAAACAUCAACAAUUUAUCGUUUGACAGGAAAAAUUUGUCAUUUGAAAGAUCACUCACUUUUAAUUGAGUUUAUCAAUGAUAACUGCAUGAAGAGACAAAUUUUAAUCCACAGGAACACUGUUUCCAAUCACCACGAGAUCAGUGUAAUGAAUUUGUUUGGUUGUAUUAAUUCUAUUUUCAAUUCUUGUUAUGUAACAAGUAUCAGAGGAUUUAAAUUCGGAACAAGUUCGACUUACGAACUUAGAUCACACGAAAUGUCUAAAUCCGACAGCAAGGUAUUAUAUACAAUGACUGUUCUCUCUUCGUGUUACGAACAACUCGGUGAUUUGUUGAAUUUAGAGGAUGAAUCAGAUGAAAAUUGUCAAAGAGCAGAAAAUUAUUUGGUUUCUAAAUCGAAUUCCAAAGAUGACUUGAUCAAAAGAAGAAUUGCUCUUACAAGAUCUCUAUCAGCAAACUACGCUGUUAAAGCGAUUUUAGAGUUACAAGAUAACUCUUUGUUUAUUUCUCCUUCGAGUGCAUCUUUCUUCACUGAAAGAAACAAAGUUUUGUUGAGAAAGUCAUCAAACUUUGUUUGCAGAAUUCCAAAGCCACUUAAAGCUUUAUUGGGUCCUCUUUCUCAAGAGGUUAUGUCAGUUGGAAUUGCUGCAGCUACAUCAGCACUCGCUGAAUCAUCUCUUUCUUUGUCUGCUGUUUUGGACACAGCAAUUGUUUGCUCAGACAGAACUCUUUCCGAUUUACGUCUGAAAAUAUUCGAGAGAAGAAAAGAAAUCAUCGACAAUUUGCUGGAAAUCACUCCUCCAGUGCACACUCUCGAAGGAUCUACCUUCGAAUGGUUAGAUAAGAUUAUGUAA